CCUCAGUCCGUUCUAGUUCGACGGAAGACGAAAGGCGCAUCUGACGGAAUCUCUUUCAUUUUUCCGUGAACUCUUUCUCUCAUGAUCCCCAAGCGCUGAAUGAAUGCGGUUUUUAUGAGGCUGUGCGUGGAACAGCCGCUGAGAGAAGUAUGAGCCUCAUGUUACCCAUAAUGCACCCCGCACAACAUCCCCACACUUUUCGUCCACUCCCAUGUCGCUUUCAGUCGCCUCUCCCGACACGUACUGCAAAGAGGGCAUCACAACAUCUCUCAAAGUCAUUGCUCCAGGCGAAUCCGUCGAAUUCCUCGAGCUCGAUAGCCCUUUGUGUGGGUUUGGCUGGCGCUUCCUGUGCCGUCUCUUCCGCGGUGUCGAGGACACGUCCUCGAGUGACUCCGAGUCCGAUGUCGAGGCGCUGAUAGGCCUCCGAGUCGCGCUGUACUUCGAUCCCCACCUGCUCAAGAACGCGCGCUACGGCUCGCUUUCCUUCGCCAUCGUCUCGCAGGGCAUAGACGUGAUCCAGGUUAACAAAAAAGCUGCGAUCUCACUUCCUUCUGAAGACGGUCCUGAUGGACUCACGACGCCCCUCCUGGCUGAAUAUCACAUGCCGCUCGGGACGUCCGCCGCGAUCCAGGUCACGGUCAAGUUCUCCUCUCGCGAGCUGGAGCUUCCGUAUCCCUGCCGGAUGCGACAAGGCGCUCCGCGUCAGCAGGGCACAAUGUCAGACCAGAUCAAGGAAGUGCUUGCGAGCUCGAUUCGAGGACGGGAUGUGCCGGAUAUCAAGUUCUACGCGUACACACGCAAGAGCCGCGCCAGAGGAGUCGUGUUUGGCCUACAGCCAAUGUUUGCCAAACGAGAGUGGAUGACGGGCAAGGCCGAGGGACUCGAUACGUUUCUCGACGGCUUGUGUGACGGUGGAGGGCGCGAAGCUCAACUAGUCGACCUGAGAGGUCAUCGGCCAUCCGCUGACGACAGUGAGUUUGGAGAGUACGAUUACAUGUCGGAUAGCGAUCUGGAAACGGAUGACGAGGGUUCCGAGCGCCCCGGCGAGCCGGAUGCGAGCUCCGUCGCGCCCGUCGAUCGCUCCUUGUCGGGAGCUGGGUCUGGACAUGCAGUCGUAAUCAAGGGCCACUCCUUCGACACAUGGAUGUCGAUGCUCUACUUCCUCUAUACUAAUGAGAUCAGAUUCAAAACUUCCGAAGAGUCCUCGCAUUCGGAUAUUCCCGAGUGCUCUGCCAAGUCUAUGUAUCGACUGGCUCAAGAGUUUGAUUUACCAGCACUGAAAGAGCUGUGCCAGAUAUCAAUCCGAUCUCGCCUCGCUCCAGAGACCAUUUUCGCCGAUACAUUCUCCAGCUUCACAUCCCGCUAUGAAGACAUUCAGGAUAUGCACAUCGACUAUCUACUCGACCAGGCUUCUGACUCGCCCAGUAGGAUCGUUGAUGGGCUGAAGGAUAUGGACGGCGUGAGCCCUGUUUUGGCUAAAUUGGUCGCCAAACUCUUGGGGAGAAAAACGGCUGGCUCUCAAUCCUCCCCGUGCGGAAAGGGGAAGGGGGCACUUUGGUUUUCAUGAUCAAUGAUGGCUGAACAAUAUAUAUGUAAAUUACAUGCCCCAGAAUUAUGGAGAAAAAUACAGCCAUAUCCUCG